AUGGCGCUCCUAUUCUACAGCAGGGCUGCGGCGGCCGGCGGUGGCGCACCAGACUAUAACUUCACCAUUACAACCUUUCCGCUGCUGCUGAACAAGACGGGAUGCACCACGCCGGCCGCCACGCUGGUGGCCAACUUCACGGUGUCCAGCGACCUGCGCAGCACCGAGAGGCUCAUGGUGACCACCUCGGUGCUCAUGACCAUGCUCGGCGCGGCGCUCUUCGUGCUCUGCAUCCUGGCGCGCCUCUCCGGGCGGCACCGCGGCCACUCGACCGCGACGCGCAUCUUCUUCCGCGCCUCCUUCGCGCUCUUCCUGCCCCUCAUGUCCUACAUGUACUCCCAGGCCCGCUCCAAGGACGCCCCCGCGCGCGCCGACCUCAUCCUCCUCUGGAUGCUCCUCGUCGAGCUCCUCCGCAAGAAGGUGUACGCCAUGGUGGCCCCCGAGGGCGACGCCUUCGCGCGCGGCGUCGGGCGCUACUCCUUCUUCGACGCCGUCGAGGAGGCUGCGCGCAUGGUGUGGAUCGGCUACCUCAUCUACUCGAAUGAACAACACGAUCGCGGAGCCGUCCUCAACUCCUUCUUCGUCAUCCUCUGGAUCUUCAGCGUCGCCAAGCUCUGCAAGCGGGCCACCUGCAUCGAGCUCGCCAAGCGCUCCUUCGACCUCGCCAAGAACGCCAGCCUCGUCUCCGGCUACAUGGCGCACCUCGUCCGUGCCAGACAGCAGCAUCUCGUUGGUCAACAUCAAGAACAAGAUAUUCCCGUCCUUCGUACAUGUAACUACGUGGUGAUGGGGGAGAGCCAGCUGGAUCGCGAGGAGGCGCCCUGCGGUUUCCGGCUCCCGGAGAUCGACAACAUCCUCGCCCGCCAGCGUGACCACCGACACGAUGACGUGCUUGUGGAGACGGUGGAGGUGGCGGUGACCGCGACGACGAAGCUGGUCCGCGUGUGCGACGUCUGGCAGCUCGCCGAGAGUGACCCAGUGUUCCGGUACCACGAGCGGCGUAAGCACAGGCUGCAGGACACGUGCCUGGGCCUGGCCCUCUUCAAGCUGCUCCGCCGAAGGAUGGAGGGCCACGCCAUGGUGGAGGCCUGCACGGAACAGGCGCGCGACCUCGUGCGCUACGGCAUCCUCGAGGAGCUCGGCGCGGAGCGGGCCUUCGACGUGGUGGAGCAGGAGCUCACGUUCCUGGACGAGUACUACCAGGCCAUCAUCCCGCUGGCGCUGCCCAAUCCCAAGCUCUUCGCUGCCAACUUCGCCUUCUCCAUCCUCUUCAUCCUCUUCUACUGCGUCGCCGUGCUGCUCGUCACCGGCAACGGCCACAUAUUCCACGUCCUGGCGUCCCUCUUCCGCGGCCUCGUGGCACUGUCCGCCGACAUGGUCCUCCAGUACAGGUGCUUCGUCCACCAGGCGUCGUUCCUCAUCGCCAUGGUGCUCUCCUCCUCCGACCUCAUCAUCACUUUCCUGCUGACGUUCACCCUCUUCACCGUCGAGACCUACGAGUUCGUGCAGUACCUGCUCUCCGACUGGCACCUCGCGUCGGUGCUCUGCAACUACGCCACCAAACCGGCCCUGCGGAAGCGCCCCGGCGUCCGCAAAGCCGUCAAGGCUGCCCUGUGGAUCAAGAAACGCUCCCGCCCCGUCAUCAAGAUGCACCAGUUCACCCUCCUCAAGUUCCACCAGCUCCAUCCGCGCCGGGUCUGGGUGCUGCUCUCCCGCCUGCUGAAGAGGCGCCUUGUCGGCCUCCCCGAUGUAGCCGUCACCACCGAGGCCAAGAAGGCCAUCGUCGAGGUCCUCAAGCUCGUCCUUGACCGCGCCGUCGACGGCCAGGGAGGACAAUUCAGCAAUGGCAGGGAGGCGCUCGAGUGGGCGUGCGACGAGGCCGGGGGCGCCGCCACGGUGAUCCUGGUGUGGCACCUGGCGACGACGCUGCUCGAGGCGAGGGACGACACGGAGGAGCACCCGCUGCCGCCCGCAGGCGAGGCGGCCGUGACGCUGUCGAGGUACUGCGCGUACCUGGUGGCCUACGAGCCGGGGCUCCUGCCGGACGACCAGUCGUGGACAGAGAAGGCUUACAGGGGCAUCAGGGCGGAGAUCGACGGCUUCUUCCGGGGUUGCCUCACCACCACGAAACGCCGGGACCGACUGAUGGCCGCGGGGUUCCACCGUGGGGGCCUCGGGGAAUCCACGGCGAUGGAGAAGGGCGUGAUGCUGGCCAAGGAGCUUGAGCGUGCGACCGUCAGCUGCUCGUCGGCGCACGCGGGCCAUGAGAGGGUGUGGGAGAUGCUGCUGCAGCUGUGGGCAGAACUGCUCGUCUUCGUGGCGCGCGCCCCGUCCGGGGGCGUGGACGCGCACGCGCUGGCGCUGGCCAACGGCGGCGAGUUUAUCACCCAUAUCUGGGCCAUCCUCACUCACGCCGGCCUCCGCACUGACGACGUUUCCAGUAACCACAACACCACCAGAGAAAUCCCCAUAGUUCAAGAAAUCCCCGUUAUUCGAGAAAUCGCCAUUGGAGCUGGUGGCACGACUACCGUCUGA